UGAGAGGCAGUUUCUCUCUGUGCGCACCAGCGGUAGGUUAUCUCUCUCAGCCAUUGUUACCACACAACAUUCCAGUUAAAUGUACAUUUAACGUGUAAAACAAUUCAAAACCGUACAAUAUCGUAUUCUCCUAUUGUAAAGAUUAAAUAGUUUCUAGAUAUACAUAAAUUCAAAAUUAUAAAUAGAUCAACGGUUAUAUCGUUCAAUGGUAUAAUCGACACAACGGGGCAAAAUUAUAUUUAUUUUUCUUCAAAAGAAUCACCAAGUUGGAAGGGAAAAUCUUUUCGGUUGUUGGAAACUUUUUCUCAACUUCUCCUUUGGUGACUCAACUAAAGGAACUCAUGCGAUUUCUUCCUGCAUCAAAAGGCAGCUAUGAUGUCUGCACUCAAAAUGAUAACGCACGGUCACUCCAUAGAACAGGUCUCUACGUCUCAUUAUCCAGCGUGUCGACGCGCCAAAGCAGCGGACUGCAGCCAGACCAGCACCAGAGCAGUACCAGUGGCACCAGUAACCACAGCAGAGCACCACCGCAAGCUGCCGCCGCUGCUGGCAUUGACAUCAAGAGGAACGGCGUGCCAGAAGGGCAUAAGCACGUCUCGAAGUCACAGAUGAAAGAAUUCCGUGAAGCCUUCCGCCUGUUCGACAAGGAUGGAGAUGGUAGUAUCACCCAGGAGGAGCUUGGGCGCGUCAUGCGGAGUCUGGGGCAAUUCGCCCGCGAGGAAGAGCUGCAGCAGAUGUUACACGAGGUGGACAUAGAUGGUGACGGCAACGUAAGUUUUGAGGAAUUUGUUGAGAUUGUGUCAAACAUGGGAGCAACUACUGAACGCACGGCCGAUCAGGAAGAGAAGGAGCUCCGGGACGCUUUCAGGGUGUUCGAUAAACACAACCGGGGAUACAUCAGCGCUUCAGACCUCAGAGCUGUGCUCCAGUGUCUUGGUGAAGACCUCUCUGAGGAGGAAAUUGAAGACAUGAUCAAAGAAGUAGAUGUUGAUGGAGACGGUCGCAUUGACUUUUAUGAGUUUGUCCAUGCUUUGGGGCAGCCAGGGGAAGAAGAGGAGUUGGAUGAAGAAGAGGAUGACAGAGAUGAAGCUGGGGUAGUACAUCUGUGAAAACCAUCUUGGUAUAUGAUGCUGCCACCUGCAGACAAGACAUUGCACUAUUACUGCAAAGUUGUGUGGCAGUCUCACAUAUUCUCUUUGCUUUAUUCUAACUUGUUACAUAUUUUAUGUCUUCUUUCAUAUUGUACCAUAUCAUUAACUUUAUCAGAUUUUCAAAGUUGAACUUCGUUGUGUGUGUGAAUACAUACAACUGACUGAAAAAAAAAAGAUAUUUAAA